UAAGAGAGAGAGGGGCGUCGCCGCCCUUCUCUCUUCUUCUUCUUCCCCUCCUUUUCUCUUGCGUGCAAGCCAUCGAACUGUUACCACUUACCUUCCACUUCUCCUCCUCCUCUUCUUCUAACUUGCCCAUCUUUAUAAUCCCGUCUUCCUUUAUCUUCAAAGCUUCGAUUUUUCUUCCAUUCCCUAGUUUUAUACAUCAUCUCAAGCGAAAAGUUGAGAGCUUUUCAACAAAGCAGGGACUUUGGUCGAGCUUAUUUUAAUGGGCGGUCAGCUCAGCAAGAGACCCGAGUCUUCAGCCCCUCGGGUUUCUGAAAUGGUAUCUUGCGAAGCGGCAUUCCGGUUUGAUUCACAGCUACACAUCUCCGACACGACCCUACCGCAGCGAAUGAGCCGCGCCCUUUCCAGUCUCGCCGCAGGCGAGGAACUGCGCUCCAUCUCCUUUGACUCCCUGAAAAAGAUCACGGCCUGCUUCCUGGAGAUGAACCAGGAGGUCGUCAAGAUCAUCCUGGAAUGCAAAAAGGAUAUCUGGAAAACACCAGAGCUGUUCGAGCUCGUCGAAGAAUACUUCGACAACAGUCUUCGAACUCUAGAUUUCUGCACCGCCCUCGAACGCUGCCUCAUGCGCGCCCGCGACUCCCAGCUCAUCAUCAACGUUGCAAUACACCGUUUGGAAGAAGAACUGAACUAUGAGAAGAUAUUGGAAGACCUGAAGCUGUUCAAGGCUGCCGGCGACCCCUUCACUGAAGAAUUCUUCACAGAAUUUCAGGCAGUUUAUCAUCAACAGCGAUCAAUGCUUGAAAAGCUGAUGACCAGGAAACAAAAACUCGACAAAAAGCUCAAGUCUGUCAAAGCUUGGAGGAAGGUCUCCUGCGUAAUUUUCGUUGCUGCUUUCGCUUCUGUUCUCAUCUGUUCAAUUGUGGCUGCUGCCGUGGCCGCGCCUCCGGUGGCCGCAGCUUUGGCCGCGGCCUCGUCGAUACCAUUGGGAUCAAUGGGAAAGUGGUUUGACGCUCUGUUAAAGGACUAUGAAGUUGCAUUGAAGGGGGAGAAGGAGGUCCUGAGCUCCAUGCAGGUUGGGACCUAUGUGACCGUUGAAGAUUUGAAAAGUAUUAGGGUAUUGGUUGAUCAUUUGGAGAUUCAGAUCAGUUAUUUGCUUCACUGUGUGGAUUUUGCUUUGAAGGAUGAGGAGGCUGUGAGGUUUGGGGUUGAGGGGAUCAAGAAGAAGCUUGGGGCGUUCAUGAAGGGCGUUGAGGAUCUGGGAGAGCAAGCUGAUCGAUGUAGCAGGGAUAUAAGGAGGGCGAGGACUGUGGUGUUGCAGAGAAUCAUUAGGUACCCAGAAGAAUAA